CAAGUCAACCCUCUGCAAUUUUCUUUUUCUGUUAUUUCAUCAUACGCACAACAUCAUGGAAUUAAACGGAUUUAAACCCUUUCCUAAUUUCGCCACUGACGCGCUUCAUGCCGGUCAGGAACCUGAACAAUGGAAAUCUAUGGCAGUUGUUCCACCAAUAUCAAUGUCCUCGACUUUCAAACAGUUUGCACCAGCUGAACAUGCGGGAUUUGAAUAUUCAAGAAGUGGAAAUCCAACUAGAAAUUGUCUAGAGAAAUGUCUAGCGGCUAUGGAAGGGGGAAAACAUGGCAUGUGUUUUUCAUCAGGAUUGGCUACAACAAUGACUGUGACACAUUUAUUGAGCUCUGGAGAUCAUAUUAUCAGUAUGGAUGAUGUUUAUGGUGGUACAAACAGAUAUUUCAGUAAAUGUGCUGCUAAAUUUGGUUUAGAUAUAUCCUUUAUAGAUUGUACAGUGAUAGAAAAUGUACAAAAUGCUGUGAAAGAUACAACUAAGUUAGUAUGGAUAGAAACCCCGACUAAUCCAACUAUGAAAUUAGUAGAUAUAGCAGCAGUUGUCAAAGUUGUUAAAGCCAAAAAUAAAGAUAUUAUUGUCGUUGUGGACAAUACUUUUAUGUCUUCAUAUUUUCAAAGACCUUUAUCUCUUGGUGCUGAUGCUGUAAUGCAUUCUUUAACUAAAUAUAUGAAUGGUCAUAGUGAUGUUGUUAUGGGUUGUUUAGUUGUUAAUUGUGAUGAUUUAGCUGAUAAACUCCGGUUUUAUCAAAAUGCACUUGGUCCAGUUCCGUCACCUUUUGAUUGUUUCCUAGUUAAUCGUGGUUUAAAGACUUUACAUGUUAGAAUGAAGGAACACAUGGUUAAUGGUUUAGCUGUUGCUAAAUUUCUCGAGGCUAAUUCAAGAGUGGAAAGAGUCAUACAUCCAGGUUUAGAAAGUCAUCCUCAGUAUGAAAUUGGUAAAAAACAGAUGAUAGGAUAUAGUGGAAUGGUGACGUUCUUUAUUAAAGGGGGAGCUAAAGAAGCUGGGGAUUUCCUUAAAGCAGUAAAGAUCUUUACAUUGGCAGAAAGUUUGGGAGGAUUUGAAAGUUUGUGUGAAUUACCGUCCGUCCAAACUCAUGCCUCUGUGCCAGCUGAUCAGCGUGUUAAACUAGGGAUUACAGAUAAUCUCAUCCGUCUAUCUGUGGGUAUAGAAGAUUUAAAUGAUCUGAUUGCGGACAUUGAUCAAGCCUUGAAGAUAGCUAUCCCUUAAGAAGACAAGUUAUUAUAAACUAUGAGGAAGUUGGUGGAUCAGUUUAUUAAAUUGUCUAUUACAUUGUGUGAUUUAUUCAGUUAAUCUAUUCUAAUAUCAACAAACCCAGUCAUAUAAUUAACUCAAAUCAUGUCAAAUUAAAAGAAAAAUUAUUAUGGAUCAGAGAAUACCUAUGUUAUUUCACUGCUAAUUCUGCAAUAUAACAACAACGAACGGAUUUUAGAAUCUCUCCUGCAAUUCUUUCUAAAGACUAGGACAGAUGAGCGUAUUUUUUCGUCCGGUCACACUGAUUUUUAAAAUCGCAGGAAAAAUAGACUGUGUCCCUGCCCUCUCAUGGCGACAAUGAUUCUGCUCGGCAAACCAUUCGCUCGAUCAAUCAUUUGAUCUAGAAUGUUAGAUAUUUUCAAAUGAUCGUUGUACUUUACUCACAGAGUGGCGUACGCUCUCGAGACAAUUGCUAUGUGUGCUCGUUCGUAAUAGGCCAUAAUAAUUCGAUGGCUAAUUUCAAUCGGUGUGAUCAGUCGAAAAAAAACGCUCUUCUGCCCUUAACAUAAUAACUAUAUCUUAUCUGAACUCAACCUUUAUUCACUGCACAUGCUAUCAGAUUCUAGCCUCAAUCUAGAUCAGUGAUUCUCAUCCAGUGUGCCGCAGCACACAGGUGUGCCACAGCACACAGGUGUGCCACAAGAUCUUCCUAAGUGUGCCGCGAAGUUUUGAAUGGCACACCAAGAAAAUUUCUCUCUAAAAAAGCGGUUGUAUUCCGUCUGACUAACGAUGUUUUUAUUUUGUAAAAUUCAAAUAUUUUUCAUGUUUAUUAUAUAGCCAAGUGUACUUCUUUUUUUUCAUGUGUUCCAAGGUGUGCUGUAGCAAAAAAGGUUGAAAACUACUGAUCUAGAUUUUAAAAAGAAUUAUUUCUCUUCUUUUUUUACCGAUUUCAAAAUUAUGUUUUCUUUUUUGAUUAGAACAGAUAAAAUCUACAGUAUUUUCAGUAAUUUAGGAAUUUGAAUUGAUUUUAAAAUUCAGGUAUUUGUUAUAGUGGGAUCUAUUUUUCUUCUCAUACGUAGAACUAUAUUCGCUCAGAAUCUCUGCUAUUAUGGUGGAUUAAAUUAAUAUCUUGUCAGUUGUCGAUAGGGACUUUGGGAUUCCACAAUUUUAUAACUUACAGAAAAUAUAUAAAUUCUUUGGAAACUUAUAUUAGUAUGUCUUGAUUUGUUCUGUUACUAAAUGUUGCUUAGAGUCUCUUUGCUGCCAUUUUUUGUGGGUGAACAGAAAUGAUAGGCCUAUUUAAUUCGAGAGGUUAUCUAGCCUUGGUAUUUUGAUUCUGUUCAAUAAUAGAUCUAGAUUACCUUGUGAGAAAAUUCAUAUUUUAGGGGAAAAUGCAAAUGGCAUAUCAAAUCAAACUCAUAAUGGUAGAUUCAUUAUCCUCAGGUACGUUAUAGUUUAAUUUUAUUACACAAGAUCUGAAAUAACAGUUAGCAUAUAUACAGGGCACUUGUUUCAGUAAUAUUGACCAGUCUUGACCAGAGCUGGGAAAUCGAACCCGCUCCUCAGUCUUGAGCCCGACUUAAGUUGCAUCAAUGACCCGACUUGCGACCCGAGAGCUUUCUAAUUGAGUCGCAGCAAUGGGGCAUAACCCUAACUUAUCUUAUUUGCGAGGAAUUGCUGCUUGAACAAGACUCAGGUUUUGUGAAGAUUUAAUUCAACUCGGUACUAACGCCAACGACUUGGCACUCGACUUGACGUGCGGUGACUUGGAACUUGGGAGUCAAGGUCAUGCAACUUGUUCCCACUUCUGGUCUUGGAUCAACUGGCAGUAAAAUCAACCAGCUGAAGAACUUCUAUCAAACAAUUAGAAUCUCAAAGAAUUCAACCCCAAAAACACAAUAAUUACUGUUAAAUUGAUAGUGUUUAUGUGUAAAAACUGCCAAAAAUUGUCAUUUUCUUUGGAAAAAAGGUUUUGCAAAUCUGAGGCGAAUUUUUAAAGUGGAAGCCCUUGAUAUAUGUAACCUGUUUUUAGCCUGUCUUCUCAUUUAAAUAUAAAUAUUUUGGAACGAAUGUUCGUUAUUCUUGUUUUCAUUAUUUUCUCAAAUUGUGUUCAUUAAAUUAUGAUAUAGAUGUAAAUUUAUGGAAAAAAAGGGUUUUAUUUUAUGUAAGUGUUUUUUUUAAAAAUUAAUAUGAAUUUCUUAUGUGAUAUAUUAUCACAAUUAUUUUGAUAUAUUAUCAAAUACAACCAUUAAUGUUAGUGCUAUAUUGUAUAAUUCACAGAAUAAAAAUAUCACCACAAUGA